AUGUUCAUAUUGCGGUGGUGCACCCGUUAUCUAUCAAAAUUUGGAUUAGGGUUUCUUGAUACACCUUUUAUUCAUCAACCAUCAAAACAAGCUCUAUUCAAUCUUGAUAUUGGGCCGUUUCAUCCUAACUCAGAACCUGUAGAAUGCGCUGUGUGUUUAUCUACAAUCAAAGAAGAUGAUGAAACAAGAGUGUUGAGAUGUAAACAUCUUUUUCACAAAAAAUGCUUGGAUCGUUGUGUGGAAUACAGGCACACAACAUGCCCGUUGUGUAGGGGGUGUUUAGCUGGCCCUCAUUUAGUAUCCGAACAUGGCUGGGAAUUGCUCUAUCUUGGUUUCUCUUUUGUUAAGAGUUCAACUGAUGACGAUUACUGUAAAUGGUGGCUACGUUGA